UCAUAUCAGUGUGAUGUAUACAUUGUCCAUUCAUCGUGUUCAAAAUAUCCAUUGAUUGGAUGGGAUGUUGACUUGGAGUGUUCGUGGGAGCAGAAGUGAAUGAGUCACAUGGAGAAUGACACGCCUCACAUGAUGAAAUAGCUUUCAGGAUGUCAGCGUAUAUGGCAAAACGAUGGAAUGACAAUUGCAAAACAGACAUCAAUGUUUUGCAGAGCUAGGACUAUCCCUUUUGAGGCUACCCACAAACUUGCGCGAAAAACAAUCUGUGGAAAAUGAAUUCUUCCGGGGACGAAAACACAAUGACUAUAAUGAUAAUAUUGUCGGUCUUAGUUAUGGUGAUAUCUAUUAUAUCUCUUGCUGGGAACAUCUUGGUGUUAACUGCCAUCAUCAAAAGUCGAAGACUUCAUACCACGUCCAAUGUGUAUAUAUGUGCCCUGGCUGUGACGGACAUCUUCAUCUGUGUGAUACACGCACUAAAGUAUACCCUGAGAGCGGUCGAGGUCAACUUGUCUUACAUCCCAUGCUGUAUAGUCGUGGCCAUGUCUACCUUUGGGUGUGCUACCAACCUUAUGCUGAUUGAGGUCAUCAGUUUAGACAGAUUUUAUGCCAUAUAUUGGCCAUUCAAGUACAGAAAGAUAUGCACCAUGUCCAGAGCUCUAAAACUAAGCGUUUUCAUCGUGAUUACUACUUUCGCCAGUGGAUCUGUUCUUUUCAUUGUGUUUCAUCCACGGUUUCCGAACACGAUUUGUUGGUCUGAAGAGAUCCUUGUAGCUCCUGUAGUGACUGUGUUUACUGUAGUGACGUCUUGUGUAGCCCUGGAGCUAACAGUUAUGUAUGGGGCAAUGUUCUACAAGGCCCUUGAGCACCAGAGGAACCUGUCCAUUGGCUACUUCAGCAAGAAUAAGGAUUCGAGCAUAUUUGACAUCAAAGCCCUUAAGACGUGUAGUGUUGUUCUGGGAGCCUUCCUUGCCAUGUGGAUACCGCCUUUAGCCAUGUUUAAUGUAACCGCCCAUUCACCCAACCCGAGUGACUAUGCCCUGCCGCUGGCUGUAUGUAUGAUAUUCCCGGCCCUUAACACUGCCGUGGACCCCGUGGUAUACGCUAUCAUGAGGAAGGACAUCAAGAAAGGCAUUCAUAGGCUGUUCAGGAGAUCAGGCAGACCGGCAACCAUCACUGAACGGUGUGAGUAAAGCAUUCUAGAAAGGCAUUCAUAGGCUGUUCAGGAGAUCAGACAGGCAGACAGCCACCACUGAACAGUGUGAGUGAAGCAUUCAAGAAAGGCAUUCAUAGGCUGUUCAGGAGAUCAGACAGGCAGGCAGCCACCACUGAACAGUGAAUGAACCAUUCAAGAAAGGCAUUCAUAGGCUGUUCAGGAGAUCAGACAUUCAGGCAGUGAAACCAUUAAACCGUGAGAGGUAAGCAUUCACGAAAUGCCAUGGAGACGCGCUUUUUCUUCAGACAGUUAAAUUUUAGUUGAUCGUGCGUUCAUUGGGGGUCUGGACACCUAAUGUGACCCAUGACGGUGGAUA